AUGGUCACGGCGGCCUCACCAGCGUUCACCAACAUUAAAGAUUUGGAGAACCGGGGGCGACAAGCAAUGCUACAGCUGGGUCUGCUUGGCCAGAGACCUCUGUCGACAAUGCAGGUGUUAGUAAAGCAGAGGUUGGAUCUGGACCUUCGAACGGUGAGUCGGAUCCCGGUAACGACAUUGCUGCAAGCACACAGGUCAGACGAUGACGAGAUAUCAGCCGCAAGAGCAGGUGGGACUUACGGGAAUGGGGUGGUGAAGACGUGCUCGUGCUUGAACCGCUGUACAGUCGAUCAAGUGCAAGGAGCAGCUGUGCUGAAACGACUAUGCGAAAAUGAUGGACUUAAGAGUCGACGAGCCGGAAGGACAUGA